AUCGAUUAGUUCGAGGAAAAUGGUUGCGUGAACAAUUUGAGCUGUGAAUGUUUAUUGGGCAUCGAUGGAUUCAGCUACUCUGCAAAUGGCGACAUCAAAAUUUGUUCUUUGCCCAAAUGCUUCCGCGGUGAAGGUUUCGAGUCUCAAGAAGACCCUGAAUUUUGGGUCCAAUUUCAAAGUUCAUGCUCUUCCCCCCAAUGGCUCUGCCUCUAGCUACACUUCGCGCCGGUCUGUGUCGAGUUUAAAGGCAGAUGAGAACAGAAAAAGAAGUAAUCUUGAAUCUCUGUUUUGCUAUGACAAGGCUAUCCCAGAAGAAAGGAUUGAGAAGCCUGUUGGGUUAUCAUUGGCUGAGAAAGCUAUUGGUAACAAUCCUCGAUGUACUGAUUGCCAAGCCAAAGGUGCUAUUCUUUGUGCCACUUGUGCUGGUUCUGGUCUAUAUGUUGACUCCAUAUUGGAAAGCCAGGGCAUAAUUGUUAAAGUUCGUUGCCUAGGUUGCGGGGGAACUGGUAAUAUGAUGUGUACAGAAUGUGGUGGACGAGGUCAUCUGUGACCCAAAUGAUCUAUGUGUAGGGUGUUGGAACCUAUGAUAUCUACCUAAACUCCGCCAUUCCCAACCACGUGAGCUAAAACUCAGGCUGCUGUCAUAUUUAUUCUUAAUUAUGUGGAUUCCCAAAGUAUUUUAUUUGGUCACACAAAUAAUU